AUGGCCAAGCCAAAGGUUUUCGUUAUUUACUAUUCGACAUACAUGCAUGUCCGCAAGCUGGCCGAGUCGGUCAAAGAGGGGCUCGAGAAGACCAGCAAGGUCGAUGUCGAGAUGUUUCAGUUCCCCGAGACCCUCUCUGAUGAGAUCCUGGGCAUGAUGCACGCGCCAUCAAAGCCCAAGGAUGUUCCUGAAAUUACCGUGGACAAGCUGCCCGAAGCCGACGGGUACAUGUUCGGUUUCCCGACGCGCUUCGGCAAUGCACCCGCGCAGGUCAAGGCGCUUUUUGAUGCCACCGGCGGUCUGUGGAUGAGCGGCGCCUUGUACGGCAAGCCCGCAGGACUGUUCUUCUCGACGGGCUCGCAGCACGGCGGCCAGGAGACAACCGCCAUGACCUUUCUUCCGAACCUGGUCCAUCACGGCAUGAUCUAUGUGCCGAUCGGAUUCAAGAACCCGAACCUGGCUGACAACAGCGAGGUCAUUGGCGGAUCGGCAUGGGGUGCAGGUACUGUAGCAGGGUCAGAUGGCGGACGGAUCCCCACGGAAAAGGAGCUGAACAUUGCUGAAAUGCAGGGCGAAGAGUUUGCCUGCUUUGUGGCCAAGCUGGCGCCGAAGGGUGCUGCGGCAGAUGCAGCCCAAGAUGCUGCUGUGCCUGUGGCAGCUGGCGCCGCUCCUGCUGAUGAUGCAGCGGUGCCAACUGCAGAGGAUCAGAAGGACAGCGGCGCGCAGCCCGAGCCAGCACCUGGCAGCAAAAAGGAGAAGAAACAUCGUGUUCGCGACAAGUGUAUCAUUGUGUAG